GCUUUUUCAGUUUGUUCAUUCAUUGGUUAUUUUAUUGCUCCAAAUGGCUUCAGAACGCCUCACCAUCAUUGUGUUGGUGUGUGCCCUGUGCUACUUCAAGCCAGAUUUCACUGGCUGGUGUGUUUCAGCACCCCUGGCGCCGCCCAAACAGUGGGCCAGUACUCCGGGCUUUUCACCGGAUCCAUUCCGUGCUCUGACCCAAUUCGCCCUGCAGCUGACAGUCAAGCAGGAACAACACGCUCAUAAGAGAGUCAAGGCAUCCCCAAUUAGACACAUGGAUGCUGAGCCUUGCUCUAAGGAGGAACUCCUCAAGAGACUGCCAUGCAUGGUGGUGGAGGACCUGCAUGUCACAUGCAAAAGGGAUGAAGUAUUGAAGAGAAGCAGAGUCAGCCAGAUCAGAAUUAGCCAGAGUCCUGAGAUGAAAAGAGUGUCUCUCCGAGGGACACCAGUGAGAGAAGCUGUCCACAGAGUGGAGACAGAGACUAGGAGACCUGGUGCCAUUGUUUGGGUGAUCUCCUUCCACCGCGUCUGUCUGCUGGCCACCAUGGGCCUCUUGGCCAGGAUCACAAUCCGGAUACUGCUGCAGAACACAAAUGCACCAGAGGAGUCCAAGUCUGAGGGACAGAAAGGGUUGAAUCUGCCUGGCACCUGCCCCAGCACUGUGAUCCAUAACAGAGGUGGUCCUCAUACUGCCACCGCCAGGCGAAUAAGGAGAGGAGUGCGGAGCUGCAAAGGCUGCUAAGCUUUCACCUCUGCCAAUCAAGACAUAGUUUUAAAUGGGAAACAUUAUUAAACUGAUUAUUUUCCUGUACAA